AGGGUGGAGUCUCUUUAGCAUGGGGCGACGGCUGUCGUAGUGUCAAAGCAGACACACCAUAGGCCCGUCCCGCCUGUUCCCACUCCACCAUUAUACGCCAGCCGUUGCGCAGCUCGGGACAACGCUAUGAGCAGGAGAGACCUCGUAUUAUGAAGUUGGUUUGCGAGGAGUUGAAAGGCGAGACAUGUUCAGCCGAUAGGCUGUCCCUCACCUCGCCGAACAGCAGCCCGCGGCCGAUCGGCCUGCUGCGGAUAUUUUUCUCCGAGACCGAGAGACGAAGAGGAGCCGACAUGUUUGAAACUGGAGGAAUCCCGAUCAUCCUGCUGGAUGUAACGAGUCUAAUCCUCGUCGGACUCCCCUUUUUCAUCCUCACUCCUCAACACAACCCAUUCAGACGGGGCUUCUUCUGUAACGAUGAGUCCAUCAGAUACCCCCUCAAAGAGGAUACCAUAUCUUACCAGCUGCUCGGUGGAGUCAUGAUCCCAUUCACACUAAUUGUGAUAAUCUGUGGUGAGUGCCUUUCUGUCUACAUGUCUCGGGUGAAGAACCAACCUUUAGCAACCAACUAUGUGGCAUGUAUCUACAAAGCUGUGGGCAGCUACGUAUUCGGAGCUGCUGCCAGCCAAUCCCUCACAGACAUUGCAAAGUAUUCCAUCGGGCGACUACGUCCCCACUUCCUGGCUGUGUGCAAGCCAGUCUGGGAGCGCAUCAACUGCAAGGCAGGGGGAUACAUAGAAAACUUCACUUGCACGGGAGACAAGUUCCUGGUAGAAGAGGCAAGACUGUCUUUCUACUCCGGCCAUUCGUCCUUCUCUAUGUACUGCAUGCUGUUCCUUGCACUGUACAUCCAGGCCAGACUACAGUCAGAAUGGGCAAGGCUGCUGCGUCCCACCAUCCAGUUCUUCCUAGUUGCAACGUCUCUGUAUGUGGGGCUGUCACGGGUGUCUGACUACAAGCAUCACUGGAGCGAUGUGCUUGCUGGCCUCCUGCAAGGCGCCAUUGUGGCUGUUCUCACAGUGUUCCUUGUAUCGGACUUUUUCAAACAACCAGUUGAACCAGCUAGGCAGGAAGAGGAGGAGGCCUCGCACACAAGUUUACAGGACAACCCUUCCAAUGGGAACCACUAUGGAAGUACUGACUAAAAUGGGCUACGAGUGCACGGUGCAUCGAUGCACUCUACGGGUUCUUGGUGUUAGUGGUUGGCCCUUUCUAUUUAUUUCUCCAACUUAUUUCUUCCUUCUCUACCCACGGAGCCAGUGAUGUGACUCACAGGUUUGUAUGUAAAAUUGAAUUGCAGGAAGAAAAGUACAUCAUGAAAAGUGAUUUUUGCACUUUAUACAAAUUGAUAAAUGUAAAGGCUUCUAUAGGGUUUUUGGGUAAGUCCAGCAUACCAUUGCAAUGUAUAUAACAUAAUUUAUUGCAUCGUGAUCAAAGACAAAGUACAGUAUGUUGAAUUCACGUAAAGAGCUUAUGAUAGCAUGACUCUCAGUGCUACAGUGUGGGCUUGUUGGAAAUGUGGUUGCGAGUGUAUAUUGGUCUGAGUCAUCAUGGAUGAAUGAAAUUCCCUUUACCUAGAAUAUAAUGAGCGUCUGUGUCCACACUGUAGGCGGGCCUGUAGAAGGCACAGCACCUGUGAAUAAGAAAGCUUGGACUGUCCUUAAACACCAAAAUUAAUACUGAACCCAAAAAUAAUACAUUUUACUGUAUAUAUUUUUGAUUACUGCCUUAGCCAGAUUAUUGCUGCUACCUGCUUUAAAGUUCCCUUCCUGCAAUCAUUCCAUAAACACACUUUUGUGAAUAAUCUGAUUUAUGAUGGAAAAUGCAUUUUUUUUAAAAAAAUUUUUACAGUUUGUAUGAAGCUCUGUCUGGUUGGUCACCGUACCGUACUGCCCAUAAUCUGUGAUCAGUAUUGUCAUUUAGAGCAACGUCCAAGAGAAGCAGUACAGGUUAUUGUGACAAAUAAAGAGGAUUUCGUUUUGCUACUUUGUUA